CAGUCCCGCAGCGUCACUGUCAGACACCCACGCACGCACGCACGGUCUCAGCGUGCUCGUCCCGGUCUCGCCGGCGGAGGGAGAGAGCCGGAGAAAGGGGAAUGCCGCGGCGGUGAUCGCGUCCGAUUGAAGGGGCAAGGCGCCGGUUCAAGGGGUUCCGGCGUCGGCCGCCGUCGACGGGUUAAGGGGCGCCAAGCGCCGGCGGUGGAGCGGGCCUAGGCGACCGCCGUGUAGGGGAAUGGCAAGGCUGCGGAAGAGGAAGAGGGGGACGGGGAGGGGGAGGGGCGUGAGGUGGCUGAGCCACUACUCAUCGGGGCAAAGCAUUCUGAUCGUCGGAGACGGGGAUUUCUCCUUCUCGCUGGCUCUCGCCGCCGCGUUCGGGACGGGCCGGAACAUCGUCGCGACGUCGCUGGACUCCUAUGAGGCUCUGUCUCGCAAGUAUAUCAAAGCACAAUCAAAUUUAAUGCGGUUGAAGAGAAUGCAUGCCACGGUUUUGCAUGGUAUCGAUGCAAAUACAAUGAAGGGACAUACUGAUCUGAAGAUGAGACUAUUUGAUCGGAUUGUCUUUAAUUUUUCUCAUGCUGGAUUCAGUGGAAGAGAGUGUGAGAUGCACGUCAUCAGAUCGCACAGGGAGCUGGUGAGGGGGUUCUUUGGCAACGCGCGAGAGCUGCUUCAGCCGUAUGGUGAAAUCCACAUUAGCAACAAGACAGGACAUCCUUACGACCGGUGGGAUAUUGAGCAACUCGCCUCAGAAUCUUCUCUGGCUAUGAUUGACAUAGUUAGUUUCCAGAAACAAGACUACCCUGGCUAUAACCCGAAGAGAGGAAGCGGUGCAAAGCCCAACAAACCAUUCCCUCUUGGUGACUGCAGCACAUACAAGUUCAUCGCGAAACAUAAUGAUGCUCAAGAAGAACGUGCAUGUUGCUCCUACAUUUGCCAAGAUACAUAUGUCUCGCCGUACUUUGACUAUGCGAGCGGUCUCGCCGCACUCGGAGCUGGGAAUGGGGGGCACCUUGCAUACUGAUGAAAUGUAGUGAACCGGUCCUCGUACUAAGGUUGUGUUAACAAACUGGUUCUGAAACCUGGGAUGCUUUUGGUGAACUUGAUGUGGGACGACUUUUCAUGUCAUGGAGUACCUUCGGACUUCCAUGGACAUGGCAUGGCCCGUGCUGAUAUGAAGCACCAUCCAUUACUGUAAUUAACUAGAGGCACUGCUGAAAGUAUGACCGACAUUAUGUGAUGAAAAUGCAGGCGCUUCUCUUGCAAUGGUUUGCGUGGCCUGUAUGUUUAUUUUGGGGUUUGUUUCCCCUUGUAUCAAUUGCUGCAGAU